GAAAGCCUUUUUUUCUAUUGGUCCAUUUACGCAAGCUGUCUUUACAGCUCUGUGUUCUUCAGUGGAAGAAGCGACUUUUCUCAACAAACGGAUCGUCAGAGUGACUCUUGUGAUCGGCUAAGGCGACGAUGGGGGUGUCUACGCUAAUCUGCGCUGUUUUACUGUGUGGAGUGUUUGUUUCCACUCUCGGAGAUCAACACUCUCUGUACUACAUUUACACCGCGCUCUCCAAAGAUGUCGCUCUACCAGGGAUCUAUGAGUUCACAGCACUGGGUCUGCUCAAUGAUCGGGAGAUCGACUACUACAACAGUAAGGACCAGGUUAAGGUUCCUAAGCAGGACUGGAUGAAGGAGAAGCUGCAAACAGAUUACUGGGAAAAAGGCACCCAGUCUCGCAAGAGCAAAGAGCAGUGGUUCAAGGUCAACGUGGACAUCCUGAUGCAGCGAAUGAGACACACAAAUAAUAGCGACCUUCAUGUUCUUCAGUGGAGACAUGGCUGUGAGAUCAAUGAAGCAGAUGGAAAUGUCAGAUUUCUGAAAGGCAUUGAUGAGUACAGCUACGAUGGGUCAGAGUUCCUCUCUUUUGAUGAUGAGAACAUGCGGUGGAUCGCUCCAGUUCCAGAAGCUGAGCCAACCAAAAGGAAAUGGGAUGAUGUGCCCAUCCUGAACCAGUACACCAAGGGUUACCUGGAGAAAGAAUGUGUGGACUGGCUCACCAAAUUCAUGGAGUACGGAAAAGAAUCACUGAGAAAACACUCUCCACCGACUGUUCAUGUGUUUGCGAAGAAAUCUGUAACUGACUCGACCAAGCUGACCCUGACCUGCCUGGCCACGGGCUUCUACCCCAAAGACGUGGUGGUGAGUGUGAGGAAGUUCCGCACUUCACUUCCUGAACACCUACUAACAUCUUCAGGAGUCAGACCCAAUGAUGAUGGAACCUACCAGCUGAGGAAGAGUGUGGAGAUCCAGGAGGAUGAAAAAGCAUCUUACGACUGUUAUGUGACUCACAGCUCCCUCGACACACCAGUAAUUGCAGAAUGGGAUGGAAGCUGCAAGGACUGUACGACAGGGAUCAUUGUGGGUUUCGUUGUAGGAUUUCUGGUUGCAGGAAUUUUGGCAGGCGUGGUCGUUUUCCUUAUAAAGAGAUGUAAUGGGGCAGUGACGACUAACGGAACAGCAAAUCACCCCACUGAAGAAGUGCCUCUGCAAUAAAAUGGUAAUGGACACGUACACGUGAUUGUCAUGAAUGGAGCUCCUGCUACUGCUUAAUCUGCUGUUUCAACACCUCAGACCAGCAAGUUCAACGAGUCAAUCAAAAGAUUUCAGCAUUUUACUGUACAUUUCAGAUAUCAAGGCCUUUAGCACUUGAGACGCAAUACUCAGCAUACAUUUCAGAACUUUUCUGCUGACCACAGUGUAAAUGAUGUUUGAGUAUAUUAAACAGAACCACCAGUAAAUGUGUUAAGAGCGACUGUAGACAAACAAGAUAAUCCUUUAAUAGUCCCACAAGGGGAAAUCCUCAACAUACCGUAACAUAUGUGUGUCACAGUAGCAGGUCAGGAAAGUUGAAAUGGUAGAGACCUGUGAUGCAAUCAUUUCAAUUCAGCUUCUUAGUCAGUCAAAAUACCAUAGAGAACCAUGUUUUCAUGGAGAUCAGCUGUAUAUUUCAUACGUUUUGGCACUUCUGGAUAAGGUGUAUCCAGCCAAGGCAUUUCAGUGCUUUUAAUGAUUGUUUUUGUGUUUGGGUUUCUCUUUUAGCUUUAAAUCAGUAGAUACUCAAUAAGCCUGACUCAUAAACUGCAGUACUGAACUGUGAAGUCCUAAACAGCUUCACAGUUUUACAUCAUGGUGCCUAACUGCAUCAUGCAUACUUACAUCUUUAAUUUUAUCCUGUCCUGCAUUUCCAGCUGUAAUGUUAUAAAGAACACUGCACCCAAGAUGGAAUGAUUAAGUCUUAUGUAUAUAUUAUGUUUCUUUAAGCUUUUAUAGUAAGGUCAGAAGCUGCACUCAGGAAAGUUAACAUUGAGCUUAACUAACAUUGAUUCUUCUUCGAGAG